AUGCUGCCAAAACAUACAUUAAGGCUUCUAGCCAAAAACAUCACUGUUAGACAUGCCUCAACAGAAAGUAAAGUAAAAACUGGAAUAGUUAUGUUAAAUAUGGGAGGUCCUCAACAUACAGACCAAGUUCAUGAUUAUUUGCAUCGAAUUAUGACUGAUAGAGAUAUGAUACAGUUUCCCUUUGCUCAAAAUCAAUUGGGACCUUGGAUUGCAAAAAGGCGUACACCUGAAGUUAAAAAGAAGUAUGAAGAAAUUGGAGGAGGUUCCCCUAUCCUGAAAUGGACUGAUUUGCAAGGGAAAUUGUUGUGCAAAAAAUUGGAUGAGGUAUCUCCUGAAUCGGCACCGCAUAAGCAUUAUGUGUCAUUUAGAUAUGUUCAUCCUUUCACUGAGGAUGCCUUCAGGGAAAUUGAAAAAGAUGGUGUCGAGCGAGCCAUAGUUUUUUCACAGUAUCCACAGUACAGCUGUGCCACAUCAGGUUCCAGCUUCAAUGCCAUCUAUAAACAUUUUCACAAAAAGGGAUUGCCUUCAAAUCUGAAGCUCAGUGUUAUCGAUAGAUGGUCCACACAUCCCCUCCUAGUUAAAUGUUUUGCUGAUUUAAUACAAAAAGAGAUUAAUCUUAUACCAGAGGAGAAAAGAAGGGAAGCCAUAAUAUUGUUUUCAGCCCAUUCUAUCCCGCUUAAGACUGUAAAUAGGGGGGAUGCUUACCCUUCUGAAGUAGGAGCUACAGUGCAGUUGGUAAUGCAAGAGUUAAACUUUUGUAACCCCUAUCAAUUGGUUUGGCAAUCAAAGGUGGGACCUCUACCAUGGUUAGGACCAUUUACUGAUGAUGCUUUAACAGAUUAUGUUAAAAAACAAGGCAAAAAGAACUUCGUAGUCGUUCCCAUUGCUUUUGUAAAUGAACAUAUUGAAACUCUGCAUGAGUUGGAUAUUGAGUAUUGCAAAGAAUUGGGAGAAAAACUUGGUGUGGAAAAUAUUAGACGUGUUCCAGCACCAAAUGAUCAUCCAUUGUUCAUUGAAGCUUUAUCAGAUAUAGUUAAAACACAUCUUAAAAAUAAAGUAGCUGUUGGACAUAAGUUUUUGAAUAGAUGCCCACAUUGCGUUAAUGCCAAUUGCCUGAAAAGUAAGACUUGGUAUGGGGAAAAUUGCCAGAUUUAA